AUGGCGGGUGGCGCCGGGAGGCAGCGGGGGGCGCGGGGCGGCUGCGGCGACGAGGGCAGGGGCGGCAGCAGCAGCAGGCGGCGAGGCCGGGGUGCCGAGCGCAGGAACCCCAGCAGCGACGAGGCGGCGGCACAGGCGAGGGCGGCGAAGGGCGGCGGAGCCAGGCCGGGGACCGCUGGGGCGGGGGCGGGAGGCGGCGGCGGCGGGGCCGGCCUGGCCGGGCCGCCCCGGCCCUUGGAGCGACCGACGGGCGGAGGGCGGGGCGGGCCGGCGGCAGCGGCGGGGACGGCGGGAGGCGCUCGUGCCCGGCCCCGCUGCGGCUGCGGCUCGGCUCCGGCUCCGCUUCGGCUCCGCUCGCGCCCGCGCUUCUCGGCGGCUGCCGCACCGGCGGGGGCGGCCGGGAGAAUGGACAGGAAGCGGCCGACCAGGAGCAGCAGCGACGGCGGCCGCGGCGACCGAGGCCAAGGAGGAGGCGGCAGCGGCGGCGGCAGCGGCGGCGGCAGCGGAGGGAACCCGGAAAAGGGGCAGGGCUCGGCAGGAGGGGCCUCGGCCGCUGGCCCCAAGGGCCGCCCCCGCCUACAGCGCCCCCUGCAGCUCCGGAGGACCCGGCGCCCCGGCCGUGCCCGAGACAGCUGGGGGGGGUGGUGGAAAUAG